CAGACAUGUUGGAGCAGGCAAAGUGUGGUCGAUUAUAUCAUUAUUAUCUAAUUUGAUGGCUAUCUUUAGCAGCAGAAUUUCGGGAUUAGUGCAGACUUAUAUGCGGUUUUGUACUUCACAUUUAAUAUCUUAAUCACUGAACUGACGACACUGUACACCACAGAGUAAAGGUCACAGAAAGUGUUUGUUGUUGACUAAUGACUCAAUCAUAAUUGAGAAACAAAUAUGUUCAGUUCUUACCCUGUCCAUUGUCAUUUUGGCCAAUUGCUAAUUUCUAUACAAAGUGGCUACAACAUUUAGUAUUUGGCUAAAAACAAAAACAUCACCAAUUGAUAGAAAUGGCAUCAAACAGUAGCAGUAGCACCUUGUCACUGAAGUCCAAAGAGAAGACGACAUCUUUUGAUUCCUCAUCUUUAUCUAAUGAUACAGCAUCACUGUUGUGGUUCACCACCGAUGACAAGACUAACAGGACACUCGAAGGGAGCGGUUCUUUCAGGGAGGAUUCCAGGGGUCUGCCCCUGACCAGGUUUACUGAUGCUGCACAUGGUCUUGGCGACCCUCAAACCUGCAUGUUUCAUCUUGUAAAACUUGAUCAUCAGCAGAUUAAACUUUUUGAAAGUCCUGAAGUUAAGACUUUUCUCAUUACAGAAAUGAAGACACGUAAAUAUGAUCUUAUGUUUGAUGAAAAAGAUCCAACAAUUGCUUCUGUGCAGGUUAAAGAUGUCGAUAUGCUGGAAGAAGCUAAACUGUAUUUUGUGGACCUGGUUGUACGCCGUUCUGUUGAUAUCAAAAUUGUCAAACCAACAUAUUUGUCAACAGGUGAACUUUUACAGCUGCUUCAAAAAGCCAGAAGAGAUGGAAAGCUGUGUGUGGAACUAAAUAACGAUGUGAUAACUUUUGUUUCAACUAAAGAUAUUGAUGAACGUGUUUGCAGGACAUUGAACAAAGUCAUCACUGACGGCUGUGCAGAGGAAAUUCAGAUGUCAAGAGAUGUUUACUCAGUGUUCCUUCAUGGCUGGGAAACGAUCUGGACACAAGACCUGUCCGAGGAAGACGAUCCCGUGAUUAUUGAGCUGUUUGCAAAUGAUGACAAGUAUGGAAUGACAUUGAAGGGGACGAAGAUCGGGGUCCAGAAACUGAAAACAGUUGUAUACGAAAUGGUGGAUGCCAUUCAAGAAAAACAUCCAAAACCUAAACCUAUUAAUCAACCAGGAACGCAGUGCAUAGAAAACCAAUAUGUGAGUGAAAAUUCUGACAAAUUACAUUCCUUGGGUUACGAAACAUUGCCGUGUGAGCAUACCAUUGGAAGUCUAGAUUUCAAAGGGAAUCUUCUUACUGUCAAAGUUUACAUCGCAGAUAUCACCAAGCUGAAGGUUGAUGUUGUUGUUAACGCUGCCAAUGGCCAACUGGAUCAUUACGGCAGUGUCGCGUAUUGCAUUGCACAAGCUGCUGGUGACGACUUAGAAAGAGAAAGUGAAGACUAUAUUCAGAAACAUGGUGAUGUCCCUGUAACCAAUCUCGCAGUAACCGGCGCAGGACGACUGCCGUGUAAGAGAGUGUUCCACGCUGUAGGGCCGACCUGUUACGACUACAAUGAGGAGGAGAAACACGUCUGCCUGGAGGAUCUGGUGAAAACUAUCUUCAGAUGUCUGUGUGCCGCCAAAGAUCUAAAUAUGACGUCCAUUGCUAUUCCUGCCAUAGGUCCAGUAAUAUCUGGAGUACCCAAAGUGUACUGUGCAGAAAUGUAUGUACGAGCUGUCAAAGGUUUUGACCUGUAUGUCCAAGGAGGCUCCUUGAAGGAAGUCCAUUUUGUAGAUGAAAAUACAGAAAUGGUGGAUUUAACACACAGAAUCUUUAGUCAAGAAUGGGAGAAACCAGUUAGUGAAGAAACUGUCAGGAAUGACCAAAUGAUCGUUAACGAGAUGCUGGGAUCGUUUUUAGUUCAGCCAAAUAGUUCUUCUUCUGUAUCGUCUGCAGAGGGAGUCGUGAACAGUCCCGUUCUGGACAAGUUGAAAUCGUCGAACCAGUAUAACCCCAAGGAGUACAACCUGAACCUGAAAGGUGCACGUUUCUUCAUCAUAAAGAGUUACUCCGAGGUUGAUAUCCACCGGUCUAUCAAGUACGGCAUCUGGUCCAGCACGGAACAUGGAAAUAAACGUCUGGACAAAGCGAUGCGCGAACGCGAUGGCAAAGGCCCCAUCUUCCUUCUGUUCAGUGUUAAUGGAAGCGGACAUUUCUGCGGAAUGGCACAGAUGGUCUCGCUGGUAGAUUACGAGAAGAGUAGCUUAGUUAGGGUGAAGGACACCUGUAGAGGGGAGUUUGAGGUGAAGUGGAUCUAUGUGAAGGACGUGCCCAACAGCCAGCUGAGACACAUCCGGCUGGAGAACAACGAAAACAAGCCUGUGACCAACUCACGCGACACUCAGGAGGUGCCGCCUCAGAAGGGUAAACAGGUGCUGGAAAUAAUUCAUAGCUACGAGCACAAGACGUCCAUCUUCGAUGACUUCACUCUCUAUGAAAAACAGGAGGAAGAGGGAGUCACGAAGAAGUCUGGAAAGACGAGAGACAAGGAUCGGCCACAGGAACCAUUACAUGUACCUGAAGAAGAAGACCCAGAGAAAUGUGAAGAUGGUGUACUGGCCGCACGUCCAAGAAAUAAGAGAGGUGGUCGCGGUAGAUCUGGAAAGAAAGGAGCACAAGACCACUAUGAGGGUCCGACGAAUCUGCCUGCCCGACUUCAGAGACAAUUUAAUAUGAAUUAACUAUCGACGAAUCUGUCUGCCCGCCUUCAGAGACAAUUUAAUAUGAAUUAACUAUCAACGAAUCUGUCUGCCCGCCUUCAGAGACAAUUUAAUAUGAAUUAACUAUCGACGAAUCUGCCUGCCCGCAUUCAGAGACAAUUUAAUAUGAAUUAACUAUCGACGAAUCUGCCUGCCCGCCUUCACAGACAAUUGAAUAUGAAUUAACUAUAUGAAUUAACUAUCGACGAAUCUGCCUGCUCGCCUUCACAG